AUGGCGCGCAAGCGAAAGCGAACUAGUCGUGCAAGUGAUGAUGGUAAUGCCUCCGCCUCACAACGCAAGAAGGUAAAGGUGAGCCAUGGUUUAAAGGAACUGCCAAACGUCCAUCACCCGACACUGUCGCUCUACUACAAUCAUAUCUGGACACUUCGCAGCUACCUUUUAUCCAGAAUUCCCACCACUUCGAAGAUCCGGCGCCGUAAACUUGCUACAGCUGGACUAAGAGAAGCGGGUGAUCCACAGUAUGAGGAGCGACGAAAAGGAUCAACACAAGACCCGCUGUCUUCAAAUGAUUCAACCCAGAAGUUGAUUCGCUUAGCAACAGUCUUAGAUCAUACCUUAAUUGGUGCCACCCAAAAUGCAGUUCCUGAAUACUCGUGUGAAGAGCGCCGGAAGGACCUUGAGACCUUCUCUCAGCAAGCUUGUACAGCAGCAACUAGUAGCCUCGUCGAGGGUGGGGUGUCUCUACCGGAUCUAGUCGAUUUUGCAAUCUGGUCCCUUUUCCACCGACUAUACCGUCACUCUCAGAAGCCUCCGCAUGCCUUGUGCCAUGGUUAUAAGAGGACCACCCAGUGUGCACAGGCAGGCAUUCAGAGCAUACCAGGUGUUGCAGCACACUAUCCAAAUAGUAAUGUUCACGCUUUUAAAGGCGCUGUUUGGUCACAGAUUUUGGCUCUGUUGGGUAAAGAUGGUGAAGGUAUUAUGUUGGAUCUGUUGUUAAGCUGCGGUAUUUUCAGCUCGAUCUCCCAAGCCCAUAGCACUUUCUAUCAAAUAUCUGACGCAUUUAGCCGUUAUCCGAAUGCUAAGGAUCCAACUCAGACUCUUCGCUUGAUGCAAUACGUAUUUCCAAGACAAUUUGGUUUACACAAUGUUUUCACAUCAAAAACAGACAGAAAUGAAACCACGCAGCCUUUUAAGGAUUAUACGUUGAGAGAAGAGGAGAUUCGUCGGCAUGAGUCGGGCAUCCAGACUUCAAUAUCUCGGAAUGGCAUUCCAAAAGUUCCCAAAAGACUUCGAGGCGACGCAUAUCGGUUGGUUCAACGGAUGCAAAAAUUGAGCAGCCUGUGCGCAUACACUGAGUUGCUCAGACACUAUUGUCCCUUCAAUACCUCAUCACGUUCUAGUCAUGAAAGUAAACAACGAGUCACCGCUCCAAUAAGCAAGCGAAUAAGGCCGAGGCAGUCACCUUGUAUAUUAGGAGCUGAUAAUGCAGAUCACGCACAUGCGACUUCAAUUGACUGCAGUGAGAAAGAACUACAGAUCAGUAGUGCAAAGACCAGUACAGCUCUUGUUGACUUUUGUACACCGCACGCAAAGGUAUCCGCAUUCUGCCGAGCAAUCAUAUCGAGUCUUGUAGCAGAAGCCUUUUGGGGAGAAGGUGCCGGCGGGUUACACAACAAGCGAAAAGUAAUGGAAGACAUCGACCGCUUCGUAAAUUUGCAGAGGUAUGAAAAGAUGUCGUUGCAUGGUGUUCGUCAUCAGAUCAAGAUACAGUGCAUUAGGUGGCUCGCACCACCAACUUGCUUAAGCAAGAAAAGCUCGCUGCUAGAUAUGAAAAAGCGAGAAGAAAUCUUCCUCGAGUUUCUCUAUUACGUGUUCGACUCUAUUUUGAUACCGUUGAUUCGGGCGAAUUUCUACGUUACUGAAGCCAAUGAUCAAGGAAACCGCCUGUUCUAUUUCCGCCAUGACAUAUGGCGAAUGAUAACCGAGCCCAAGCUAAAUAACCUCAAGCUUUCCAUGUAUGAAGAAGUACCUAUGGCCAAAGCAAAAAGGAUGCUGGAUGGUCGUAAGCUCGGAUACAACCAAAUAAGAUUGCUUCCCAAAGACACGAGUCUAAGGCUGUUGAAUAACUUGAAACGUCGGACGGCGAAAUCCCAUAAUGGCAAAACGAUACUAGGCCAGAGUGUCAAUUCCGUUCUAAAGCCGGUUUUCAGUGUGCUUGAUCUGGAGAAGAGUCGACAGCCAGAGCGUCUAGGCAGUGCUCUCUUCUCGCUUGGAGAGAUAGCAUCCCGCCUCGAGAAGUUCAAGAAUAACCUCAGGGCUGAAGGCUCCGAACAUAAGCCCAUGUAUUUUGUGAAGACGGAUGUAAAGUCAUGUUUUGAUACUAUACCACAGCGUCCACUUGUGGCAUUGAUGGAAACGAUCGCAUCAAACGAUCUUUAUCGAAUUGGUGGCCACGCAGAGAUCAAUCGUCUGAAAGCCUGUGCUUACCGGAGUGAUGGCUACCGGUCGACGAGAAAUACUCAAAAGUUCAGAACCACAGCGACAUGUGGCACAGAUUUCACAGAAUUUCCCGAAUUCAUUCAGGCCAAACGCGUGGCGAAUAAGAGAGACACAAUCUUUGUCGACAAGAUAGUGCGAAGAGCUGAGCAAAGAGAGCAUUUACUUGACCUCCUGGAAGAUCACGUCGGUAACCACAUUGUCAAGAUUGGUAAGAAAAUAUUUCGGCAAAGGGCUGGCAUACCUCAAGGCUCGGUGCUUUCUACUCUGCUUUGCAACUUCUUCUACGCUGAGCUCGAGAAGAAGCAUCUGUCCUUCUUGAAAGACAAUCAGAGCCUUCUGCUUCGCUACACCGACGACUUCUUACUCAUUACCUCCAACAAAGGGGUGGGCAAACGGUUCCUGCAGACUAUGCAUGACGGUAUUAAUGAAUUUGGCGUGCAAGUAAAUCCGGUAAAGAGCCUCGCCAAUUUUCCGGUGACAAUCAACGGCUGCCAAAUACAGCAGUUGGAGGCUGCUAGAAGUUUUCCCUAUUGCGGUUAUGCCAUAGACACGCGGUCUUUAGUACUCACAAAAGACCGAGAGAAGAUGAAGCAAAGAGUCGUAGCUCAUACGUUGACGGUAGAGCAAGCCAAAGUCCCAGGACGCGGGUUCUACCACAAAGCACUGGAUUCCUUGAAGAGGCAAACCCUCAAGAUGCUGAUGGACACAGACUUCAAUACGCCCUGGACGGUGCUGUCCACCAUUUACGGAAACUUUACCGAGACAGCUAUGAAAUUCUAUCGUUAUAGCAAGAGCAUGACGGGCGGUUUUCAACUGACGAGUGAACUGGCCAUCGGUAAGUGA